CAACUUUUGUCAUUAAUAGCUUUUAGCAGUGUUUUAAUAAUAAUUUUGCGGCGGCAUAACAUGUGCAUGUGCGCCAUAUUCUUGGUCAUAAGAAAGCACGUAUCACUUAUUUUGAUUAUUUUUUUGAGCUAUCAUCGCCUUUGCUAGAUGUUGCAGUUUUAAGUUAUUUUGGCGUUUUCUUCAUCUGAUUUCGAGCACAACGGCCUAAACAGGUCGCAGCUGUCAUGCUGGGUCGUCAGGAUCAGACCUUUGAUGCUGACGUGGUGUUUGUGGUGGAGGCGACGGCCCUCAAUGGCGCCUACCUGCCAGAGAUGCUGGACAAUUAUAUCAAACCCACAUUGGAAUACUUUUCCAAGAUGGCCGCUCCUCCGAGCUCGGCAGCAGAUCUGGCCAAAUAUGGCGGUCGUCUCUCUGGCACUCUGUUUACCCUGGUGACAUUCACCGCGGGGGAUGGAGUUCCAGAUCCGCCCGUCAACUGCUGCCACCCCACACCGUCCACUGACAAGUUUUUACAAUACCUCGAGCAUGCUGAGUACAUCGGCGGCACGUGCGACAACGUCUCGUGCAUCGCCGAGGGUGUGGCGUGCGCGCUGCAGUGUUUCGACGACCUGAAGCAGCAGCUGCGGGAGCCGUCGUCCUCUGGGCCGGCGCAGCGCCACCUGGUGUUGGUGUGCAACUCGCUGCCGUUCCAGCUGCCCGUCCAGGAGACGCCCAGCUUCCUGGGUGCCGGCAUGGACCAGCUGAUCGCCGGCAUCCACGAGCGCUCGAUCUACUUCUCCGUGAUGUGUCCGCGGCGGCUGGGUGGCAUCCAGAAGCUGUUUGAGCAGGCGGGAGGCGACGUGGCGCUGAACCACGCCAAAAACUACACGCGCGACCCGCACCACCUGAUUCUGCUCAACGGGUUCAGUCUGCAGGAGCAGGCGAGCAGCCAGCCGCCGCCGCAGCAGGUGCCGCAGCAGAUGCCGCAGCAGAUCGUCAUAUCAGCCGGCAUGCAGCCGCAGCAGCAAGGCGCGCCCAUCAACACUCUGACGCCGGGGAUGAGCCAGCCGCCGCAGGGCGCCAUGAGCCAGCCGCAGAUGAUCAUCAACAUGGCCCAGAUGCGCACCACCACGCCGCCCAACCAGCGCGCCAGCCCGGUGCCCAGCCAGGGCUACCAGCACCGCCCGAUUAUGGUGCGCGGUCAGCAGAUGAUGCAGGCGGGCCGUCCGACGGGCCCGGCCGGGAUGCAGGUGAUGUCCGGCCUGCGCCAGCAGGGCCCGCCCAACGUCACCGUGCAGACGCCGGCCGGCCAGGGCCUGAUGGGCGGCCCGCAGCUGUGGCAGGGCCAGCAGAUGGGCCAGCAGCAGGGCAUGACCGGUAUUCCUCAGACGUCGAUGCCCCAGUCAGUGGGCGUUCCGGCGGAGAACUCGGUGCUCAGGUCGCAGCUGAACAAGCCGCCGAUGGCCACCAAUCCACAGCAGAACCAGGUCUUCCUUCAGCAGCAGCAGCAGCAGCAGCAGCAGCAGCAGCAGCCGGGAAUGCAGCAGGUGCCCGGUAUGGUCGGUGGUAUGAUGCGGGCGCAGGUGCCGCGUUUCGGCAUCCAACAGCAGCAGCAACAGCAACAACAGCAACAGCAACAACAGCAGCAGCAGCAGCAGCAGCAGCAGCAACCCAAGCCGCCCCAGCAGCAGCAGGGUAUGGUGGGCCAGCCGGGACCCAGCAUGCAGCAGCCGCAGUUCCAGCAGCAGCAGCAGCAGGCCCAGCAGCAGCAGCAGCAGCAGCCUAGGAUGCAGCAGCAGCAGCACCCGGUGAAGAUCUGGGAGGGCACGCUCGAGUGGUCCGAAAAGAGGAUGGGCGAGGCCAACAAGCAGGUGCACUCGAUCCCGUGUCAGCUGAGCUGCAGCGCCAACGCCAACGGAGAGCCCGAAGUGAAGGCGGACAACUGGCCCAACAAGCUGAUGAUGCAGCUCAUCAACCGCAACGUCAUCAGCACCAUCGGCAAGGCCUACUUCGACAACAUCCGCUCGGUCAAGUUCAACCUGCAGCCGUGCGAGCCGCUGGAGCGACUCAGCCAAGUGAUGAGCAGCGGCAGCACCGGCUGCGUCUACUUCAACUCGACCACGCCGACGGACGUCAAGGUGAUGAUGCUGCUGUACGCCGCCGAGAAGCAGACCUACUUCGGCUUCAUCCCCAACGACCAGACCGGCUUCAUCGAGAAACUCAAGGAAGUCAUGGCCAAGCAGAAACAGUAUCUGACACUCAAGCAGAGACACCAACAACAGCAGCAGCAGCAACAGCAACAGCAGCAGCAGCAGAUGGCUGGCGCGGCGCAGCAGCAGAUGGCUGGGCCGGGCCAGCCGCCGCAGCCGCAGCAGCAGCAGCCACAGCCGCCGGGCGGCGCCAUGGCCGGCCCGCGACCCAGCGUGCUGAUCCAGCAGACCAACCCGAUGACGCUGGGCGGCGGCCAGCUGUCUCAGGGCGAGACAGGCGGUGUGCGCGGCCGCGCCCCUCAGACGGCCGGGCCGGCCGGCGCGCGGCCCCCUCUGAUGACGCACGGCGCCCAGUUCGCGGUGGGCGCCGGCGGGCCGCAGAUGCAGAUCAACAUGAACCAGCAGCAGGCGCAGCCGCAGCAGCAGCAGCUGCAGCAGCAGCUCCUCCAGCAGCAGCAGCAGCAGCAGCAGCCCCGGCAGCAGAUGCCCGCCAGCAACGUGCCGCAGGGCGCGCUGGCCUCCCAGCUGGCCUCUCAGCCGACGGGCCACGCCGAGCGGCACCAGAACCUGAUGCAGAUGCAGCAGCUGCGGCAGCAGCUGGCCAGGAUGGCGCAGAAGGAGCUGCAGUACAAACAGCAGCAGGACCACGUCCACCACCAGUUCCAGCCGGGCGCCAGCGGUCAGAUGGUUCAGGGCGCCGGCGGUCAGAUGGUGCAGGGCGCCGGCGGUCAGAUGGUGCAGCCGGGCGGCCAGAUGGUGCCGCCGGGAGGCGCGCAGUCCGCCGCCGGCGGCGUGGUCUCCCAGCAGGGCGCCGUGCCCGUCCAGGCGCGCCAGCAGAUGGAUUCGGCGCCCGGACUGCGCACCCUGCUCCAGCAGAACUACCGGCCCCAGAUGAUCCAGCGGCCGCCGGGGCCGAUCGGUAUCAUGAUGGGCGGCCAGCCGGGCCAGAUGGCCCCGCAGCAGCCCGGACAGAUGGACGACCCGGGCAUGCACGACUUCCUCAACUAGAGCGGCGCGCCGCCGCC